AUGGCGCAUCAACACGUUCUGAUACUCACGGACAAUGUGGCGGCCAAGGCACAUGUCAACCGACAGGGAGGCACGCGAUCCUUGGCUCUCAUGACUGAAGCACAAGCACUAGGAAUCUGGGCAGACAGCAACCCAGCCUCCAUCAAGGCCGAGCACAUUUCAGGAGAAGCAAAUAAUCAGGCAGACUCCCUGAGUAGGGCGAUGAUAGACCACUCAGAGUGGAGCCUGCACCCUGCUCUCUUCAGGGAGGCAUCAGAGAGAUUCGGCCGCCCAGUGCUGGACCUGUUUGCCAGCCCAAAGAAUGCUCAGCUUCCGAGGUUCUUCUCCCGUUUUCCGACACCAGGAGCAGAGAGAGCAGAUGCACUCGGAGGCCAAUGGCCGAAAGGACUGCUGUAUGCAUUCCCACCACUCCCUCUGAUACAAGCAACCAUCAGAAAGAUAUUGCAGGAACAAGCAGAGGUUGACCCCCUCUUUACAGUGCCUGCACCUCCGCCUCCUAUUUCCAGUAAUCUGACAGCUCAGAUUCUACCUUCCUAUUUUUCACCAUCUUCAUCCAACAUUGCAGCCCCGGUGGAGCAACUUUUGGUACGGACUCGUUCAGUGGGUGUGAAUACUUGUGAUGUUGGAAUAGUAACAGAACCUGAAUGCCUUGGACCAUGUGAACCUGGAACCAGUGUAAAUUUGGAAGGGAUUGUAUGGCAUGAAACUGAAGAAGGUGUCCUUGUUGUUAAUGUUACUUGGAGGAAUAAAACCUAUGUUGGAACGUUGCUUGAUUGCACAAAACACGAUUGGGCUCCUCCCAGGUUUUGUGAAUCGCCAACAAGUGACCUGGAAAUGCGAGGAGGUCGGGGCAGAGGAAAGCGAGCAAGAUCUGCAGCAGCUACAGCCACACCUGGGACUGAUAUUACCUUUACAGAGUCCAGAGGACUACAGAACAAGAACAGAGGUGGUGCCAAUGGUAAAGGAAGACGGGGCAGCCUUAAUUCUAGUGGCCGCAGGACACCCCCCAACUGUGCCAUGGAGGAUAUGAAAGUCAGCCCUUUGUCUAAUAACAAGAGGAAAAACAAGCCACCCAUGGAGCUGGACUUGAAUUCCAGUUCAGAGGAUAACAAAUCUGGAAAGCGCAUGCGCACCAAUUCUAGAAGCACUCCUACCACUCCCCAAGGGAAACCAGAGAUGGCUUUUUUAGAUCAAGGCUGCUCUUCUCCAGUGUUGAUUGAUUGCCCCCAUCCUAACUGCAACAAAAAAUACAAGCACAUUAAUGGGUUAAGGUAUCAUCAGGCUCAUGCACAUUUAGACCCAGAAAACAAACUGGAAUUUGAGCCUGACAGUGAAGACAAAAUCUCAGACUGUGAGGAAGCACUCGGCAAUGUGGCACUUGAAUGCAGUGACCCAAGCACAAGUUUAUCACAUUUUGAUCAGCUGAAAGGGCCCCUGUCUCCUUGUUCCCUGAGUACCCCUGGAACACCAAAGGGGAAACGGGAGCAGGCCCACAAUGGCAGGAAUUCUGGCAAAAAGAGGGGCUUGAACAGUGAACUGAAUAGUCUACCGGUUAUUUCUAAUAUGACUGUGACUCUGGAAAACUGUUCAGUGGCAGAAAACAGUUUGGCCAGUGAAAUGCCCAAGCUAGAAGCUGAAGGACUAAUAGACAAGAAAAACCUAGGAGAAAAAGACAAAGGCAAAAAAGGCAGUAAUUGCAAAGUAGAUAAAAAUCUGUCCAAGCUGAAAACUGCCAGACCCAUUGCCCCAGCUCCGGCUCCCACACCGCCUCAAUUAAUAGCUAUCCCCACAGCAGCCUUUACAACCACCACCACUGGGUCAAUAUCAGGAUUGCCCUCCCUGACAACCACUGUUGUGCAGGCUACACCAAAGAGCCCUCCGCUAAAACCUAUUCAGCCAAAGCCCACAAUCAUGGGAGAGCCGAGCACUGUCAGUCCAGCUCUCACAUUACUCAAAGACAAAAAGAAAAAAGAGAAGAGAAAACUUAAGGACAAAGAAAGCAAAGAGACUGGGAAUCCUAAAGUGGAUUUGAAGCUGGGAAAAUUAGAGGACACCAAGGGGUCUGGGAAAGAGAUUACUGGGCAUUUUUUAAAGGAACAUCUCAGCAAGAAUGAAGUGUUAGCUAACGGACUGUCAGAGUCUCAGGAGAGCAGGAUGGCAAGCAUUAAAGCUGAAGCUGAUAAAGUUUACACUUUCACAGACAAUGCCCCCAGCCCUUCGAUAGGGAGUUCCUCCAGAAUGGAAUGCAGCCCUUUAGUCAAUGGACAGUCUUCAGUGGCGCCACUGCAUGUGUUGACACAGAAUGGAGCAGAGGGUGCUGCUGCUAAAACUAACAGUCCUGCUUACUCGGAUAUCUCUGAUGCUGCAGACGAUGGUGGUUCUGACAGCAGGUCAGAGGGCAUGAGGUCAAAGGCCAGCUCUCCUUCAGAUAUUAUUUCUAAUAAAGACAGUGUUGGAAAAGGACAUUCUUCAACGCCGGUACAAUUACCCCAAGUAAAAGAAGCUCAUUCUCCUUAUUACCAUGGCUACGAUCCUUAUUAUUCUCCAAGCUACAUGCACUCUGGACAGGUCAGCACCCCCGCAGCUGGGAACAGCAGCAAUAACCCCCAGGGAAUGAAGAUCAAAAAGGAGGUGGAGGAAGAGGCUGAGAAAAAAGAUAAGGCAGAGCCUCCAGAAUCCAAAAAAAGUGAAGCUGGUCCCACUAAUUUGCAGCCUCAACACCAGUCUGUAAUAACUCAGAGGCAUCCUGCACUUGCCCAGUCACUUUACUAUGGCCAGUAUGCUUAUGGGCUUUAUAUGGACCAAAAAUCCUUAAUGGCCUCUAAUCCUGCUUAUAGGCAGCAGUAUGAAAAAUACUAUGAGGACCAGAGAUUAGCAGAACAGAAAGUGACUCAAACUGGUAGAGAAUGUGAAAGGAAAAACGAGCUCCAGCUGAAAGACCUGGGAAAAGAUGACAAGUUGAAAAAUAUACCCUCUGCUACAAUCUCAAAAGCACCUUCAGCUUCAGAGACUAAUAAAAACAACACUAAAUUAGGGUCAUCAGUCCCUAAUAAAACUGAGGAAACAAGUAAACCUCAGAUGCUUUCAAAUCAUCAGCAACAGAUUCAGUCCGAUAGCUUCAAAGCAAAACAAAUGGAAAACCAUCAGCUUAUAAAGGAGGCUGUGGAGAUGAAAUCUGUUAUGGAUUCUAUGAAGCAGACUGGAGUAGAUCCUACUACAAGGUUUAAACAGGAUCCAGAUACAAGAACAUGGCAUCAUUAUGUAUACCAGCCAAAAUAUCUUGAUCAGCAGAAAGUGGAAGAACUGGACCGUGAAAAAAAGUUAAAAGAAGAUAGCCCCAGAAAAACACCUAAUAAAGAAGCUUCCUUCUCUAGCCUUCCAGUUUCAUUAAACAGCAUUAAAGAAGAGCCCAAGGAGAUGAAGCGUUCUGAGUCUCAGCCACUGGAGGAGAACAAGAUAAAAAAUGAUGAUCAAAAGACUCCUGUAAACUGGAAGGAAUCCCGGGGUACUAGAGUGGCUGUUUCCUCUCCAAUGACUCAGCAUCAGUCAUAUAUACAGUACUUGCAUGCUUACCCUUACCCACAAAUGUAUGAUCCUAAUCAUCCUGCAUACCGCGCUGUUUCUCCUGUUCUCAUGCAUAGUUAUCCAGGUGCCUAUCUCUCACCAGGAUUUCAUUAUCCUGUUUAUGGAAAGAUGUCUGGGAGAGAAGAGGUGGAAAAAGUCAAUACCAGCCCUAGCAUCAGCGUAAAAUCAACCACUGAAUCUAAAGCACUGGAUUUGUUGCAGCAGCAUGCCAAUCAGUAUCGUAGCAAGUCGCCUGUGCCUGUGGAAAAAUCUACAGCUGAACGUGAGAGAGAAGCAGAAAGGGAGCGAGAUCGUCAUUCCCCCUUUAGUCAACGGCAUCUUCAUACACAUCACCAUACACAUGUUGGAAUGGGCUACCCGCUAAUUCCAGGUCAAUAUGACCCAUUUCAAGGGCUGACCUCUGCUGCCCUUGUUGCUACUCAGCAGGUGGCUGCUCAGGCAUCUGCAUCUGGUAUGUUUCCUGCACAAAGAAGGUAA